AUAAUUGUCAAGUAAUUAUUUUAAUUAUAAAAAGAAAUAUCUUUUUUCAGUGAAAUGACCAAGUAGCAUAUAAUAUGGAGAAGGAAAACCGAGUCAGAGAACAUAGAUAUGUAGACUCGGUCAUGCAUAGGUUGCUGAGUCCUAAAAACGACAGUGUUGUUUCUGUGUCUGAGUGUGACUAUUGUGAAACCGCGUAUAGCGUUUUGCCAUUCUCCUUCUCAUAAAAACCUCUUCUCACUUCCAUUCUCUAAUCACACUAAUAGCUUCACCAUGAAAUUAAUGAAUUCUUUUACUAUUCAUUUACAAUUCCAUGGCAGCUUUACUCCUUAAUCGCUCCUUCUUCUGCCACCUAUUCCUUUUCCUUUUUUGUUGUAUUCCAUCUAUAAACACACUCUCCACUGUUUCCAUUUCUCAAACCCCCCAUUCAAACCAAACAUUUAUUUGCGUCUUGCAACAUCCAAAUCAACAAGGACAAUCAAAUCUCAACUGUACUACCUUUCCUCGGACUCAGACUCCGCCUUUUACGCUUGAUGUCAAUCCUAACGUUACCUACUCUCAGAUUGUGGGCGGCAACGGCUUUGUAUGUGCUUUGGGGCCAUCGUCUUCUUCCAUCUCCAUCAUGGGGUGCUGGAGAUUCUCUGCCAAUGCUACUAAUGUUCCCUAUAAGCGCAUCUACGAUGGACCCCUUCUCCAAGAUAUUGACAGUAGCCACUCCCACGUUUGCGGUCUUGUAAAUAAUGGUAGUAGUAGCCUUAAGCUUGAGUGUUGGCAAUGGCACGACUUCAAUUCGAGCAGUGGGAGUGUGAGGAACAUGUCAAUGUCAAGCAUGGCCGUGGGAGAGAAUUUUGUGUGUGGCUUAUCACCGACGGGGGAUGUUAAUUGCACAGGCACGGGGAGGGUUAGUAGUAGUAGACUUGUUGUUGAUGUUCCUGCGCCCGGCGGGAAUUACAGUUUUCUCGCAGCUGGCUUUAGGCAUGCCUGUGUUAUCUCCGGUGAUGGUGGUUUGGUUUGUUGGGGAGACAUGGAAGGUGAGAAGCCUCAAGGGAGGUUCGUUUCUAUGGCGUUGGGAGAGAACCGUAGCUGCGCACUCGGACAUGACAGAAGAGUUGUCUGUUGGGGGUCCGAUAAUUUCACCAUGCCGACCACCUUGCAAGACACUUUUUUUGAGUCAAUCGUGGCAGAGAAAAGCGUUUUCUGUGGUGUUGUAUCUUCCAAUUUUUCCUUGCUCUGUUGGGGUUCUCCAUUUUUUGAAUCAGACAGCAAGGUGUUUGAAGAUGUCCUCCCUGGACCUUGUCGGAAAAAUUGCCCUUGUGGGCCCUUGCCCAACUCUGCCAAACUAUGUCAGUCUCCAGACGUCAUUUGCCAACCCUGUUACCCUCAAGUGGUUCAGUCUUCGUCUCCACCUCCAUCUCCACCUCCAUCACCAUCACCAUCACAGCCAUCGCUACCAUCAAAUCACUCUCGUUGGAGCAGCCGAAUGGUUGCAUUUCUUGUGGUUGGAUGUGUGGGGUGCAGUUCCCUGUUGCUAGUCAUAGCUUUCUUCCUUCACAGGUACUGCAAGUCUAAACGCAGAGGAAGCCGUGUCCAUGAUUCUGGCCGGUUGGAUGAGUCAUCCCACUCUCAACCACAACCUGACGCUGAAGCUGGAUCUCGUGUUCUUCAGAAGCGCUUGAGUCACGUGAUCAGCAUGGGAAAUGGGAGCCCUUUGGAGGAGUUUUCUCUGGGGACACUGCUUCAAGUCACUAACAAUUUCUCUGAGGAGAAGAGAGUUGGAGUUGGCAGCUUCGGUUCAGUGUAUCGUGCCACUUUGGAGGACGGCAAGGAGGUUGCUAUAAAAAGAGCCGAAGCUUCAUCCUCCACCUACACAGUCUUGGGUGCCCAAGUGGACAAAGACAAUGCUUUCAUGAAUGAGCUAGAAUCUCUCUCCAGACUCCACCACAAGAACCUGGUCCGCUUGGUGGGGUUCUACGAAGACACUAAAGAACGCAUUUUGGUGUAUGAGUACAUGGACAAUGGGAGCCUCGGUGACCAUCUCCACAAGCUCCAAACUUCAGCUCUAAUGUCAUGGCCGGUGCGCAUCAAGGUGGCUCUGGAUGCUGCCAGAGGCAUAGAGUACUUACACCAAUACGCCACUCCUCCGAUCAUUCACCGUGACAUCAAGUCUGCAAACAUAUUAUUGGAUGCCAAGUGGACUGCCAAAGUCUCUGAUUUUGGACUCUCCCUAAUGGGACCUGAUCCUGAAGAUGAGGAGGCUCACCUUUCACUUCUAGCAGCUGGCACUGUUGGCUACAUGGACCCUGAAUACUACAGGCUUCAACAUUUGACCCCCAAGAGUGACGUCUACAGCUUUGGAGUGGUUUUGCUGGAGUUGCUCUCAGGAUACAGGGCCAUCCAUAAAAACGAGAAUGGGGUGCCAAGAAAUGUGGUUGAUUUUGUAGUGCCAUUCAUUUAUCAAGAUGAGAUUCACAGAGUGUUGGACAAAAGAGUGCCCCCUCCCACGCCGUUUGAGAUAGAGGCUGUGGCGUUUGUCGGUUAUUUGGCAGCAGAUUGUGUCAGGCUGGAAGGUCGUGACAGACCAACGAUGUCUCAAGUUGUAAAUAACUUGGAAAGAGCAUUGGCUGCAUGUUUAGCACAACCUACACUCUCUAGGUCCACCACAUACUCUUCUUCGCAUUAGCGUUAUCCUC